AUGGAUGAUCUAAUGACUUACCUCCCGGAGCUCCAGCAAGCCCUUCAGGAUAUGUACUCAAAAACGGAUUAUACUGAAAUGUGGGGUGUUGAUCUAGCCAAAGGAGACCAGAACCUCGUCGAAGCAAUAAUGUUGAAAUUUCUCACUAAAGCGUCUGCUUUGCGGGCGUUUCUGAUAGAGAGGACGUGUAUUGCUAUCAAGGAUGCUCUCUUCUGGAGGAAAAUGGGCAAGCUAUACCCUUUUCCUUUCCGUGAAAUGCCCGAGCUAUCGAGCUUUGUGCAUAUAACUCAAUGCAAAGGACAUCACAUCAUGUGGAUCAAACUCGACGAAGAAGCUUUGAAGAGAUACGGACUCCUAUUUGAAUAUUCUUCACUCCCUGAUUUGAAGGCAUCGUUCGUCAUUGACUGUUGGCCAUCCCAGCUGUACCCUUUCCGAUCAGGCAAGUCUGAUAGCGUUAUUUUCAAGAUGCGGGCUGCUUUAAAGUCUAUCCAGGAGGAAGUCCAGCAGUACUACCCGGGGAUAUUUUCCCAGAUUUACAUCAUCAACCCAUUCCGCGCGGAGUUUUAUGACUUAAAAAUUGCCCGAGGAUAUCUUACGAAAAAUUACUAUACUCCAGGAAAGACAUGA